CAGGAAAGGAGAAACGGUCGAGUUUAAAUGAGAAGGUAACAGCCGGCCGGGCAGUGCCUCCCGUGUCGCUUUGAAGAAGGGAGGGCGAGCAACGGGAAGAGGCGCGAAUGAAGCGGGUCUGCUCCCGCUUCUUCUGCUUCUCCUCGGCCUCUUCCUCGCUUCUGCUCUGCCUCCUGGUAUCGCUCCUCUCAGCCAAUGACGGCGUCGUACGGGCGGCAACGGCGACGGCGGCAGCACAGAAGUUCGGCAUCAACUACGGGCAGAUAGCGAACAACCUCCCGCACCCGACGCAGGUGUCGGCGCUCCUCAAUUCCCUGAACGUGAACCGUGUGAAGCUCUACGACGCCGACCCGUCGGUCCUCACGGCCUUCGCCGGCACGGGCGUGGAGUUCAUCGUCAGCAACGAGGACCUCCUGAACCUAUCCGACGCGCGCAAGGCCAGCGCCUGGGUGACUCAGCACGUGCAGCCCUUCCUCCCGGCCACCCGCAUCACGUGCGUCAUCGUCGGCAACGAGGUGCUCUCCGGCGCCGGCACCGGGGACACGGCGGCCAUGCAGAGCCUCCUCCCGGCCAUGGAGGCGGUCCACCAGGCCCUGGUGGACUCAGGCCUCGACGGCCAAGUCCACGUCUCUACGUCGCAUUCCCUCAACGUUCUAGCCAGCAGCUACCCUCCGUCAUCGGGGGCGUUCCGGGAGGACGUAGUGGAGUAUAUCCGGCCGAUGCUGGACUUCCUCGCCCAGGUCGGCUCCCCGUUCCUGAUCAACGCGUACCCGUUCUUCGCGUACAAGGCCAGCCCGGGCACCGUGUCGCUGCCGUACGUGCUGUUCGAGCCUAACCCCGGCGUGCGCGACCCCGGGAACAACUUCACCUACGACAACAUGCUCUACGCGCAGAUCGACGCCGUGUACGCGGCCAUGGCGCGCCUGGGCCACGCGGACGACGUCGCCGUGAGGGUCUCCGAGACCGGGUGGCCGUCGAAAGGGGACGAGGACGAGGUCGGCGCCGGCGUGCGGAACGCGGCGGCGUAUAACGGGAACCUGAUGAAGCGGGUGGCCGCGGGGCAGGGGACGCCGCUCAGGCCGGACGUGCCCGUGGACGUGUUCGUGUUCGCGCUGUUCAACGAGGACUUGAAGCCCGGGCUGGCGUCCGAGAGGAAUUACGGUCUGUUUUACCCCAACGGCACGCCGGUCUACGAUCUCGGGUUUGAUGAUGGUGCGUCGUCGCCGUCGUUCGGCUCGUUGCCCGCCGCGUCGGGGUUUCCCUCUUCCAAGCCGAUCACGGCAUCGUUUCCGGUGGGGGUGGUUGUCCUACUACUUGCAGCACUUUUCUUAUGAUCGCCGGGCAUCCACGAGUAGAUAUACAUUGCACGAACGAUUGGUAUUGUUCGUUCACUGCCUGAUAGUUCAGUUUGAUCAGUUUUAUACAGUACUAGUAUGAAAUUGGGUAAGCUUAUCUUGAUUCUUUUCCACAUUGCUAGUUAGUUCAGCCGAGACACAUAUUCUUAAGGGAAACAGUUGUUUUUAUAAGCUCGUUAUUCGUACAAUCAUACUACUCCUACCACAUUGUAACGUGUUUAUGGCAAAAUUAGUAACGACAGGCUUUUCAGAUACGCUUUCCAGGUUUGACA